UUUAACCAUGACUCGGUGCAGUUCAAUAAUUUAUUUGCUCGCAGUCCUAGCUAGCGGACUAUGUGAUUUGUAUAUAGCAAAUGAAUGCAAUGAAAAAUAUUGUUUGGAGAAACCCUUUAAGUUGCCAGAUACAAUGGUACAUGGCAAUAAAACGUACUAUUUCAACAAGUUAUCUAAACUGAAUUGGUUCAAUGCUGCUUUAGCUUGCAAACGUUAUAAUAUGCAAUUGGUCACUUUGGAUUCAUACUCGGAGUUUCAAAAUGUGAAGGAUCUGAUCAUAGAGUCAGUUGGGCUUAAUGGCAAUAUGCAUAUCUGGGUCGGAGGUACUGAUCUGGCCGAGGAGGGGCGUUUCACUUGGAUCAAUGGUAAAGCUUUUGAACUUGCACUAAACUGGGCUCCCACGCAACCAGAUAAUGCUAAAAAAAUUGAGCAUUGUUUAGAGAUUGGAUACCAUUCCUAUGGCAUAAAAUUCAACGAUCUUCCCUGCAACACUCUAGCUGCUUUCAUUUGUGAAAGCGAAAGAGUUUGCGGAAAUGCCGUCUAAGACUUCAAUAAGAACGUUUCAAUUUAUGUACUAAAUAUUAUUUCAGUUUGAAGUUGUUAUGUAUUAAGAAUAAAAAUAUUAUUACAUUUUA